AUGUGGAAUCUAUUAAGUGAUUUGAGAAGACUCUUUGUCGAAUUCAACAUUUUACAACAAUUGGAAGAUGCCAUAAGUGAUCAAUCUGAGGAUAGUCCUGCAGCAGACUCUCAGGGUAAAAAGUUGGUGCUGAAGAAUCUGACAGUUCUCUCUAAUAAGAAGAGGACUGUACAGGUGGGUGACAGGAAGCUAAAGUUCAGCGCUGACAAAUCAACAAAGUGGUUGAAAGCUACUGUAAAGUCCUCAGAGCUGACUUCAGCACUCCAUUUAAUAUCCCAUUCACAGGAUGAAAUCAAAUGCUUGCCAUUUGCCUUUAUAAAACAGUCAGGGAUACAAAGAGGAUUUUCUUACAUUAUACACUAUUGUUUGCCAGCCUGGCUCCAAGAGACUUGUUCCUCUGAGUAUGAUGUUUUUAAAGAACGUAGAAUUAUAUCAGAUCAGGAUAACGGUAUCAAGAAGGCCUUAGAUGUGUUGGAAGCCCAGUAUGAUGUUCUGAUUGAGAGCUUCGCAUGCUCCAAACAUGUCAAGACAAAUCUCUUCCUUUACACAAUCGUAAAGCUUAGAAGGGUUAUGCAACAUAGAGUUUUCUGGUUGAUAUUUGAAUCUGAUCCAGAAAAGGUCCCACCAAUCCAAGAAAGAAUGAAGGGGCCUUUCUUUGAGAGGCAUAAGACGGACAAAGUCAACAGUACUUAUAAUCUCAUCUCCAACACGCAAGACUGUGCUAGAGGUCUUCAACUUUACAAUUCGGUGACUCCAAUGCUUGAUAUCGUGACAUCCAACCAUUGUGAGAUUUUGAAUGCAGGGAUGGACGCAUUUAGACGAUUGAACCCAACCAAUCUCAUAAUCGAAGUGCUGUUGAUGCAGUGUGAGAAGGUGAAAAUCACAGAGUCUGUGACAUUUGAUUGGAAUAAAAUGAGACAGAUUGGAGAUGAAGAUGAAAUGAAUGACACGAGCGACCCUGAUGAUGAUGGAAGAACCGGAAGAUAUCGAGAUACUCAAAACUAUGGCUCUUUGUUGUAUUCAACAAAUUUCAUCACUUCUUCUUGUUUAAAUAGCAAAGAGACUAGUGUAAUUGUUAAUAGGAGCCUACCUGGAACACAAAUGACGACUCACAAGCAUAGUGUAUCGUGGGACUGUGAUUUGGUUCUUCAGGAGCUUUCAAAAGUGUUGUAA